AUGGGCGGAGACGACAAUCUGGUGGGGGAGGAGUCUAACCACGACAAUGAAAUCUUCACAUCCAAGGACAACCUCAACCUGGAACCUGUCAAUGCCGCGCCCACACUCGACAACUUGGUGGAAGAGAUUCCGGCCACGCCCCCUCAGCCUGAAGAGGAGGAGGAGCUUGGAGAGCCCAUUGAGAUUGGAGAAACAAGCACCAAUGUUUCAGAGGGAGGCCUGGGUCUGGAGGCCUGGAAGAUCGGAGCCAUCUCCGCUGCAGUCUUCCUCGUACUGGAGACCAUCGUCAUAGUUGUCUACGUCCUCAAGUGUCGAAACAGAAGCAACAGUGCCCCCGCCCCAGAGCGAGCCUGUGAGGAGGCGUGCGUGGAGGCAGAGCCCGCCACAGGAGUCUGCGAAGACGACACACUUCUUGCCGGCAACGGGGACGCCCAACAGAUAGCAGCUCUCGACCCCUCGGAUCUGUCCCAGGUUGUAACUCAACAACAGGAUGUGGAGGAGGAGGAAGUAGGCAUGACAGACAUCCAGCUGAGCUCCAUAGAGCAGUCUGUGGAGCUGAGCCAGCCAGCCUCAGAGCAGGACCUGCGGACCUCGGUUCUCUAAGAGACGGCCUGCAGGCCCCCCAGCCCUC